GCUCACAAAGGCUCCUCUUCGUUUAUUCUUAAUACCUUGCUUCUGUGUUCCUCGGGAAUGCCACUGGGCUUAUGCCUCUGGUCUCUGGGAGCUGCAGUGGAUGGGCAUUUGUGACAGCACCAUGGGACUGAGAAACACUCUCGUUGUGAUGGCCCUCCUGCUGUCUGGUGCUGCUUCCUUGGAAAGUCAGGCAUUUUUCAAUGAGACUGGAGACCUGCCAUGCCACUUUCCAAACUCGCAAAACCUAAGCCUGGAUGACCUGGUGAUAUUUUGGCAGGACCAGAAUAAGUUGGUUCUCUAUGAGCUGUACAGAGGCCAAGAGAUUCCUCACAAUGUUAAUCCCAAGUAUAUAGGCCGCACGAGCUUUGACCAGGACAGUUGGACACUGCGACUCCACAACGUUCAGAUCAAGGACAAGGGCUCGUAUCAAUGUUUCAUCCAUCAUAAAGGACCCCAAGGACUGAUUCCCACCUACCAGAUGAGCUCUGACCUGUCAGUGCUGGCUAACUUCAGUCAACCAGAAAUAAAUCUAAUUCCUAAUCAAACAGAAAAUUCUAACAUCAUAAAUUUGACCUGCUCAUCUACACAAGGUUACCCAGAACCUCAGAGGAUGUAUAUAUUGGUAAAAACUAAGAAUUCUACUACUGAGUAUGACACUGUCAUGAAGAAAUCUCAAAAUAAUAUCACAGAACUGUACAACAUUUCUAUCAGCAUGUCUUUUUCCAUCCCUCCUGAAACAAAUGUGAGCAUCUUCUGUGUCUUGCAACUUGAGCCAACGAAGACACUGCUUUUCUCACCACCUUGCAAUAUAGAUGCAAAGCCACCUGUGCCAAGCCCCCCUGUCCCAGACCACAUCCUCUGGAUUGCAGCUCUACUUGUAACAUUGGUCGUUGUGUGUGGGAUGGUGUUCUUUCUAACACUAAAGAAAAGGAAGAAGCCGCAGGCUGGCCCCUCUAAAGAAUGUGAAACCAUCAAACUGGAGGGGACAGAGAGUGAACAGACUGAGAAAAGAGUAGAACUCCAAGAACCUGAAAGAUCUGAUGAAGCCCAGUGUGAUAUUAACAUUUCAGAGACAGCCUCAGGCGACAAAAGUGCUACGCAUUUUUAAUUAAAGAGUAAAUGCCAUACGACUAUCCGGUUUUUAUAUGCUUUUCUUUUCAAGUUUUGACUGACCUUUUUCUUGUCUCUCUAAGCCUUCCCAGAAGGCAAGAAAAUAUUACUAUUAAUAAUAGAGGGGGCUUCAUGAUUCCCUCUAAGUGAAAUAGCCUCCCUACAAUGCCAGCUCUGCUCUCCAUGCCAGGAGCAGAUUUUAACUGUUUCUUUUCAUUUCAGAGCACACUUGUGGGUCAAGCCCACCUAACUGGUUCCUGGCUCAGGAAUCCUGUGUAAGACUAACACCUCCUGUUUCAGAUUCAGUCUCUUUUCUUAAUGUUAUACAUUGUGUUUUAUGUAAAACUCCCAAUUCCUGGAAUUGUGGCUUUUAUCUACUCUGAAUCUCAGGUAGUGCCUCAUUCCAUCUUGUAUACCUGUGACUGAACAACUACCUUUUCAGUCCGGGUGGGAGUUAUGUAUUUUAUGGCCUUAUAGUGUUAAUAUUAAUAUUUUGAAGUAUCAAGAAAUAUGUACUAUAAUAAUGUAAUUACUGAGAAAAGUCCACCCUCUGCUAAGGAGUUCCUGUCCCUCUGUGAGGGUAAGGAAAGUGGUGGCCCAGUGUGCUGACAACAAUGAGCAGACCAACUCAAAACCUGGGAAAUUAGAGACAGAGAAGGAACCAGUCCUGCAGCCAUUACCAUCUGGGCUGUUGCUAAUGUUGAGGAGGAUCCACCUGCCCAAGAAGCUACUGCCGAGCCUUAGCAAAGAGUGCUGGAUACAGCAGGAGAGUGCUGUGCACCAUAAACCCUGCUGCUCUUCUCAGAGAAAAUGACUGAGACGAUGGCCUGGGGCAACUGU